CAUAUUUCAGUCAUUUUAUGAACCGCGCGAAGCAGCGACAGUCAGUUGUCCGACAAUGCUCGUCGCUGUCGCCGUCCUAUUCUCUUCUCUAGCAUACGUCAAUGCCCAACAAACAGAUAAAUGGAGGGUCUAUGAUUAUGUGGAGGAUUUCCUUGGACUCGACGAGGAGGAUCAUAAACAAAUAUUAAGAACAAUUCUACACUAUGGAAAGGCUGAGGCACGCAAAAUCAUUGGAUUCAACAAAAAUUUGAGGGAAAAAGCUGAUCAGGUUGAUAUUCAUUAUGAAAAAUUGAAAACCAAGGAGGCGAAGGAUUUCGUCAAAAAACUACAGCAAUAUUUAUUAGAAGAGCUACAACAGCCGGGAAUAACAAAGAUAGACGACCUGGAAAAGGAUUUGGUUGCUAUUUCUCAGGACGAAAUAGCCUGCCAUGAGCUUUCCGAAGACUUCAAACCCAAUGGAGCGGAUUUCGAAAAGGCCUUAUACGACAUAACUGGUGUCGAGUGCCCGUGAGAGGUUGUCCUACGCAGUAAAAAGAUUGCUUCCAGCAGCUGUAAAGUUUUUCAUCUUACCCCAGCAGACUAAGGAUAUGUGAAUAAAACUUGAAUCAAAAAAUUUCGAAAUCUAAGGAAUUCGCUGUACUUGUAAUGUUGAUUUGUUGUCCACAAAGCAUG